AUGUCGGAAUUGGACCCCCAAGAGCAUAUCAGAAAACAGAGAAAUAUCUCGUCUAGCUAUGCUCUCUCCAAUAUUAUUCAGCAUGAGCCGCAUUUUGACGCAGUACUCCAGCUACUAUCUACCCGCUUAGAAGACUUUUGCAACUCUGACUGUCCAGUUAAGUUAGACCAAUGGUUUACUUUUUUCGCCUUUGACGCCGUAGGCGAGGUCAUUUUCUCUAAGUCUUUUAGCUUUCUCGAACACGGUAAGGAUAUCAGAGACGCUAUUGCUAAUCAGAGACUACUAGCGCCUUAUGCCGCGUUCUAUAACCUUACUCUAGGGAAUCCGCUUCUUAGCCGGUUAGGGAUCCAGCCUUCUUCCCACAUUUUUGAGACCUGUAUUGAGGCUAUUAAUACCCGAAAGCAAAACCCCGCAACGCGAAAUGAUAUAAUAUAG